AUGAAACUUAUUCAGAUGUUAGCAGAUGCAAAGCUUACGUCUAAUACUCAACCAAGCAGUUAUAAUCCUACUACUACUGCACCAUCAGUUGAUGGGAUCGCUAACAGUAUCUCCGAGUUUCAUUACGAUCCAGAAUCCAAUGUCACGUUUGAUAUGUGGUUUCGACGUUACGAAGACUUAUUGA